UGGUGUUUUGUUCAAUUAUUGUUAUAACGUUUAUAAGUAGUAACAAAGAACGAAGCCCCUCAUGUUUUAUAGAGUCGUUCAGUUUAUACUCUUAAAACCAAGAAUAGAAUUUGGAUUUUAGACCAAUGGCUUCCCCUCGAGAUGUUCCUGUUUUCUUUCCCAUUUCUUAGGAUGAUGGCUUAAAUUUAAAAACAUAACUUAAAUAAGAUAUGUUUUGUUCAUAAUUCAUAGCCUACCUUAAAAUCUCGAAGGCAUGAAGCAGCUGCGUAUGCGACAAUUUGUUAGCACUUUGUAUUAAAAGCAGCUUCAAAAUUCACAAUUGUGUAACCAAUUUUAUGUGUAUAAAGUUAUUUAUGGGUAUCUAUGUUUCCGUGGAUCUAUGGUUAUCAUCCAUGGAACCUUUCCAUUGCAAAAUAGGUUCUUUAAUGGAAAAGGGUUCUUUAGAUUAUUAAAAUGUUCUUCACAUGCAGAAAAAUGGUUUUAAGAUCGCUUCACUAAAAGGUUCUUUGGGGAAUCCAAAAUGGUUUUCAUGGCAUCUCAGCGAAAACCACUUUUAGAAAAAAACUUUAAUUUUAUAAGACUAGUAGAAAAAAUGUCUCUUGCACUAAUUUAAAUCACAGGCCAUAUUUUGCAUAUAAAACACUCCUUAAAACCCAUAUGUAAAUUAAAAGGAAACAAAUGUCCAAUUAGCCUAUUGUGCAAUAGUCACUGGAUAAACUGCAACCUAUUUUAGCCUGGUACUCAAUCAAAAAAAAAAAAAAAAUCCAUAUAAAAACUUCCAUAUUCAAGGGCAUGCAUCUUUUUUACAAACUCAUAUGAUUAUAACAAUAGAUUAAGAUGUAGAAUGAAAGCGAAUUUUAAAAUAUAUGCUACCCUGAUCAAUUUUUCUCUAAUUUGUCAUAUCCAAACAUCCCCAUAUCUCUGAUCUUGGGAGCUAUAGCCUAAUAAAAUCAGCAAAAUAGUGCCAAACCAAUGAAAAAGGCCAUAGUAGGGAAGAUGACACAUGUCCCAAACAAUAUACCCCAAAAAGCUUUUUAUAGCUUAAAAGAUCAGGAGCUGUUUUCAAAUACCUCAAAUUAAGUAAAUCUUAAACCCAAGACAUUUUUUUGCAUCUAACGAAAAUCUCUUUGUGUCACAGUUUUCUGUUUUAAAAGCAGGAUUUGUUUAGAUCACUGUUUUUGUUAUUCACAUUUCUGUCUGAACGUAAGCCAUGGAAUCUAAGUUGAUCUUGACUUAAUCUUCUUAUAAAACCUUGACCCAUCCUUAAAUGCAGGGUGCUUAGAUGUGUUAGCCGGCACUGAGCUUGAUGGUGGCCUGCAAAUUUUUGUAAGUAAAGAAAAGAGUUACUGUACAACAGAAAAUAAAAUGAAAGCAGAGCUGAUAGCACAUCACAGUGGAUGACAUGUAUCUCUCUAUUCAAGUAACUCAACUGUGGGAGGAACUGAGGUCAAAUCGUCUCGCCAAAUACGGCACAGUAACUGCGGUCACAGCUAUUAGUUUGGUUCUGCUGAGAAAAUGGAUUGCAGGUGGAGUUUGCCGCUGUCGUGUGCGACUGGACGGGAAGACAGUCAUCAUUACUGGUGCCAACACUGGCAUUGGAAAAGAGACAGCACGUGACCUGGCCAUGAGAGGGGCUCGGGUUGUGAUGGCUUGCCGUGAUCUUUCAAAAGCAGAAAAAGCUGCGGCAGAGAUUCGCAGAUCUACAGGAAAUGGCAACAUAGUAGUUCGGCACUUAAACCUCUCAUCUCUGCUCUCCGUGCGUCAGUUUGUGCAUGAAUACACUGCCACAGAGGAACGACUGGAUGUACUUAUUAACAAUGCUGGAGUGAUGAUGUGCCCUAAAAGCCUGACAGAGGAUGGCUAUGAAACCCAGUUUGCUAUCAAUCAUUUGGGCCAUUUCCUCCUGACUGUCCUGCUCCUGGACAUGCUGAAGAAGUCUAGUCCUAGUCGAAUUAUUAAUGUAUCCAGCAUUGCUCACAAAGGAGGUAAGAUCCACUUUGAUGACCUUAACUUCAACAAAGCACCGUACGAUUCCUUGGUGAGUUACAGACAGAGCAAAGUUGCCAACCUGCUGUUUACUCGAGAAUUAGCACAAAGGAUUAAAGGAUCAGGUGUAACAGUGUACUCUCUUCACCCUGGAGUAAUCCGCACUGAACUGGGACGUUACGUGCAGACGCGCCACCCUCUGCUCAGCACUCUGUUGUCUUUUCCUGCUCUCUUACUGAUGAAAACCCCCAGUCAAGGCGCUCAGACUUCUAUUUACUGUGCGGUUGCUGAGGGGCUGGAGUCUCACAGCGGCUGCUAUUUCAGUGAUUGUAAGCUGAAGGAACCAGCUCCUGAAGGUAAAGAUGAUCUCGCUGCCCUGCGAUUGUGGGAAAUAAGUGCAAAACUUGUCGGCUACAAUGAAGAGAACUGACAACUCUCCACCAAGCUCUAUUCAUAAUACCACAUGCCUGAAAGCUUUGUAUGCAGCUAUCAACACUCAGAUCAUCUUUUACAUCUUUGUUGAUGUUAAAAAAAUGUAAAACUUAAUGAAAUGGAAUUUAUGGUUACUGAUGAUUAGUGGUUUAAUCAGCUAGAAGAAAAAAACAGAGUCUGUAUGGUGUUUGUGUCUGGAUCAGCAGCCUACUGUAGCCUACUGUGUUCUCUGACUUGCCCAUGACAGAUGUCAUUUGACAUUUUAAAGCUGUUUUGAAAUAUCUCAUUUAAUAAAUGUUUAAUUAAAGGAUAUCUUUAUUGUAACCUAAAUAAAGUUCAAAUAAGAAAAAUAAAUUUUAAAAAGUGCAGUUGAUUGAUGCAGUGAUUCGUGAGUUGUGACAGAAUCAUUCUCCUGUGUCAAAUCUUUCAA